CAGUGAUUGUGUACGAAUCCAGUCUGAAUUUGUGAACGAUCCGCAGGUGGUUCGACGCAGGAUUUUUAUAUCCUUCAUUGUAUAAAAAUCUAUUUUGUUACUUCGAUUAACGUGCUACAAUUAUGAAGGUCUUCGUAGUCUUGGCUGCGGUGUGCGCUGCGACCUUGGCAAGGCCGGAGCCACCAUCGUCCUACCUUCCACCAUCGUCUUACCUUCCACCUUCGGCGAUUGAAUCCUCGUCGUUCGGUCACUCAGUAAGUUCCGAAGGUUCGAGCUCCACCUUUUCAUCUUCAGCUUUCGCUACGUCGUACGGUGGACACGCUCACACAGAUACGUACGGUCCUCCCGCCCAACAACCGAUCGUACACAAACACGUGUACGUUCACGUACCACCACCAGAAGCCCCCGAAUACAAGGCCCCCAAGCCCGUUCAUAUUCCUCCACCACCCCAGAAACACUACAAAAUCGUAUUCAUCAAGGCACCUACCCCACCCACCCCAACUGCUCCGGUCCUGCCUCCACUUCCACCACAGGACGAAGAAAAGACCCUGAUUUACGUACUCGUCAAGAAACCAGAAGAGGCACCGGAACCAAUCAUCCCAACUCGCGCACCGGUACAGCCAAGCAAACCGGAAGUUUACUUUAUCAGAUACAAGACACAGAAGGAACACGGUGGAUACCCAGCUUCGAUUUCGAGCGAAUAUGGCGCAGCUCAUGCCAGUUCCGAAUCAUCUUCAUCUUUGGCAUCUUCUGCCGUAUCGGACAGUUACGGCGCACCAGCACCAACUGGUAGCGGACCUUAUUAGUUCGGCUUGGACGAUUACAUGAUUAUGACAUUAUUCUUUCGGAUGAAAAGUACAAUCGCGUGCGGUCUUCUUUUCCAUUAAUUUGAAGAGAAUGACUUCCGGAAGUUGUAACAUGAUGACCACUUUGAUAGACGCAUCAAUCAUCGCUAUUUGACUUGAAAGGCCCACGUGAAAUAAAUAUUACCAUUAAUUGUUAGUUUCAUCGAUGUAGAUAACGGAAUCUCAACAUCCAAACGGAGAGUUGACAAUCUUCGGUGUAUCUUUGCAUUUUAUGUCUGGAAAAGAUACUUCAUUGUCGCUGCAAGAAAAAUGUCGGAAUGAUAAUUUUCAAGUUAUACUUAGAAAAAAAAAAAAAAGCAAUGACUUACAACAAGGCGAAGGGUAAAAAGUCAAUUAGCAAACGCGGAAACUCAUACUUGUAUAUCUCAAAGUACCUUCGUAAUUUUAUAUUUUUUUAUAACGUAGACAUUAAGUAAAUAUUAAGUUGUCUAUUUUGUAAGAAAACUUAUGAAAAUACAUCAUUUCAAUAUUUAAA